UCCAAUUCCGAAUCUGGUUAGCGCGCUUAAUAUUUACCACCUCACUUGACCAUUAGAAGGGCUUGGCCUUUCUAAAACGUCCACAAUCUCCGCUCCUCUCUCCAACUUCAUCACCACUCCUUCACAUCCUCGCAACUCAACAUGAAGCCAACACAAACUGGCUCAGCAAGUGCCGCACGCCAGCGACCACCCCAACCAGCCAUGGAGGCCUCCACAGCCUCGAACGACCACGCAAACAGCCGCACCAGCCGACACGGCCUCCACUCGCGCGUCACCAGCUUCACGACCUCGCUCUUCCGCAAGCCACCCUCAAGGCCGUUCCAGCGCGGCCACGCAACCCAGACCGCCGCCACGGCAACAACUUCACAUGGCCCUAGCAAUCCUGAAGCUACCAACGCCCCACCACGCGAGGCCACUGCUGCCGACUUCCCCUACGUGACCUACGUCGCACGCGGCGGCUACCUCCCCGACGGCUCUGGCGGCAAGAUCUCAGAAACACGCUUUACGCAGAUAAAGGAAGAGAUCGUGCCGUUCAAUGCGGACCGAUUCGUUGCACUUGUCAAUUCGUCGGAGAAGAUGAGGCGCGAGUUCGAUGAUAUUUAUGGAGGAUCGCCGACUCCUGCUGAGCCUACUGAUUCUGAGCUGCUGCGGCAUGCUAUUGCGAGGAACCAGGAGUGGAAGGAUGAGGUGCUGCAACGCUUGACUGCGCAGUUGAGGACGCAGUGGGAGGUACUGGGGGCGCGGAUUGGGGCGCUGGAGCUGGAGGUUGAUAGGCUUGCGGAGCGGAUUGCGGACUUGGAGGGGGCUGGGGAGGGUACGGGAGAGGGUGGAGAUGAUGCGGAAGAAGCUAGAGAAAUCAAGCAAGAAGAGGUCGAAAAGGUGAAGGAGGAGGCCAGAGAGGCCGCCUUCCUGUGAGAAGUUUAGGCGGAAUGAUGGUUGGAAUUGUGGCUUUUGGUGGAACUGGUGCCGAAAGAGGGUAUACUUUGGAGGACCAACUUGGACAGAAUCAGGUUUCGGUGGUAAAUAUACCCU